AUGGACAUGGUGGGAUGCCACACACUACGGAGUCGUGGCACAAAUGAUGUUUUUGCCUAUUUUUCUAUAUAUUCCUAUCCAAUGAAGAAGAAAAAGGUUGCAAUGGGCUCCACACGCACUCGCCAAAGGUUGGUUCACACUUUUAAAGUGGACGAAGCCUCCGAAUAUGAGCGAAAUCAGUCUGUUGCUGAGAAGUGGGCAACUGCAAUCAAGUGCCUGAUUCAAGAUAUCCCAAUCUCCAGUGACAUCGAAAUUACUCCGGAUCUCCAGCCCAGAGCCCGGCGAUUAUUGCUAUUACUGAAUCCUUGUGGUGGACGCGGCAAUGCCCUACAGCAGUGUCACGCACACAUUUUGCCCAUAAUUACUGAAGCAGAUAUCAGCUACAAUCUCGUACAAACAGAGAGGCAAAACCAUGCUCGAGAACUGGUACAGGCUAUCAAUUUGGAAGAAUGGGAUGGU